GUCGGCGCGACCCGCGACGUCGCGACGUGCCGACAAUGGCGACUGCGUCAGCCUGAGCGGGCCUCAGUUUUCCAGCAAUCUCCUGACGUUGGCGCGAGGGCCGUGGGGACCGCGGGAGCCGCGGGGGCCGCAGGCGUCUCAAACCCGGUCGGCGGCGGCGGCGGCGCGCGUGCGCGCUCCCGCCACGCCUUGGGUCGAGCCGCUGCGCCGAGGCCCGGUGGAGCGAGCCAGCCUUCGGCUGCAUCUCGGCCUCAGUGCUCCUCUUUGCUCGCGCAAAGCCUGUCCCUUGCCUAAGUCGGCAACAUGAGCGGCAACAACUUGGAUGGGAACGACGAGUUUGAUGAGCAGUUGCGAAUGCAAGAAUUGUACGGCGACGCCAAGGACGGCGACACCCAGAAGGAUCCCACUGGAGAACCCGAUUCUUUCGGGCAGCAGCCUGCUGACACCCCCUAUGAGUGGGACCUGGACAAGAAGGCUUGGUUCCCCAAGAUCACUGAGGAUUUCAUUGCUACGUAUCAGGCCAAUUAUGGCUUUUCUAACGAUGGGGCAUCUAGCUCUACUGCAGAUGUACAAGAAGUCAGUGCUAGGACUGCAGAAGAACCUCCACAAAGAAAAACCCCUGAACCCAGUGAUCCCAAAAAGAAGGGAGAAAAGAGAAAGGCCGAAUCAGGAUGGUUUCACGUUGAAGAAGACAGAAAUACAAAUGUAUAUGUGUCUGGUUUGCCUCCAGACAUUACAGUGGAUGAAUUUAUACAGCUCAUGUCCAAGUUUGGCAUUAUUAUGAGAGAUCCUCAAACGGAAGAAUUUAAGGUCAAACUGUACAAAGAUAAUCAAGGAAAUCUUAAAGGAGAUGGUCUUUGCUGUUAUUUGAAGAGGGAAUCUGUGGAUCUCGCAUUAAAACUUUUGGAUGAAGAUGAAAUUAGAGGCUACAAAUUACAUGUUGAAGUGGCCAAGUUUCAGCUGAAGGGGGAAUACGAUGCCUCAAAGAAGAAGAAGAAGUGCAAGGACUACAAGAAAAAGCUGUCUCUGCAACAGAAGCAGUUGGACUGGAGACCUGAGAGACGGGCUGGCCCAUCCCGAAUGCGCCACGAGCGAGUCGUCAUCAUCAAAAAUAUGUUCCAUCCGAUGGAUUUUGAGGAUGAUCCAUUGGUGCUGAAUGAAAUCAGAGAAGACCUUCGAGUAGAGUGUUCAAAGUUUGGACAAAUUAGGAAGCUCCUUCUCUUUGAUAGACACCCAGAUGGUGUGGCCUCUGUGUCCUUCAGGGAUCCAGAGGAAGCUGAUUAUUGUAUCCAGACUCUUGACGGAAGGUGGUUCGGGGGCCGUCAAAUCACUGCCCAGGCGUGGGAUGGAACUACAGAUUACCAGGUGGAAGAAACCACAAGGGAAAGGGAGGAGAGGCUGAGAGGAUGGGAGGCUUUCCUCAAUGCUCCCGAGGCCAACAGAGGCCUUCGGCGUUCAAAUUCGGUUUGUGCUUCGGAAAGGGCAGGGCCUUCUAGAGUAAGGCAUUUUUCAGAGCACCCGAGUACAUCAAAAAUGAAUGCACAAGAAGCCGCCAAUGAAAUGGCAUUCGAAGAACCUAUCGAUGAAAAGAAGUUUGAAAAAACUGAAGAUGGAGGAGAAUUAGAAGGCGAUGCUUCUGAGAAAGAUGCCAAAGAAAGUGGCCCCGAGAAAGAGGCUGAAGAAGGCUGCCCCCAGAAAGAACCUGAAGAAGGUGGCGUCAAGACAGAGUCCGAGGAAGGCUGCCCCAAGAGAGAGCGUGAAGACGACUACCCUGAGAGAGAGCCUGGAGAAGGCAGUCCUGCGAAAGAGUUUGAAGAGGGUAGUCCUAAAACGGAGGCUAAAGAGAAUGGCCCCGAACAGGAAUCCAAAAAGAAGAAGCUCAAAAAUGAUUAUGAAGAGAAUGGCCUUGAAAAGGAAUCUGACCAAGAUGGCCCCAGCAAAGAGUACGAAGGAGAGGAGAGCCCCCAAAAGGAGUCUGAUGAAGACGACUCAGAAAGGGAAUCCGAAGAAGAUGACUGCUCUGAAAAGCAGUUCGAAGAGGGCUCCGAGAAAGAGUUUGAAGAGAACGGCCUGGAGAAGGAUUUUGAGGAGGAGGGCUCCGACAGGGAGUUCGGCGAAAACCUUCUUGAUCGGGAGUUCGACGACAAUGACUCUGACAAGUCAGAAUUUGGAGAUAGCAGCUCCGAAAGAGUGUUCGAGGAGGACGUCUCCGAGAGAGAGUUUGACGAAGAGUCCGAUGACAAGGAAGAAGGGGAAGACACGUACGAAAAGGUGUUCGAUGACGAGUCAGACGAAAAAGAGGACGAAGACUACGCAGAUGAAAAGGGGCUCGAAGAAGCUGAUGAGAAGAUGUUUGAAGACUCAGACGACAAAGAAGACGAGGAAGGAGUCGAGGUAAAGGAAGAUGAAGAGGUGGACGAGAAGAUGUUCGAAGAAGACGAUUCCAACGGGAAGCUGUUUGACGACGACGACGAUUCCAGCGAGAAGCUGUUCGACGACUCUGACGAGAGAGGGACAGUGAGGGGCGUGGGGAAUGCGAAAGAUGAAGGGCCCCUGUCCACGGGCAGCAGCUUCGUCCUCAGCAGCGACGACGACGUCGAAGACAUUUAAUCCCUUCAACUUGCUUUGUAGGGAGCUUCCUCCAUCCGCGUUCAGCCCGCGCUCCGGGGUCAUUGCUAGUAGUGCUACAUGAACGUGUGCCUAGUGGUAGGAAACCAGCAGAAUAACGCAUUGAAGUUUUCACUGUUACCUGUACUUGGUGAUCUUAAAUCUGUGUUAAUUGGCCGUUCAGGUAAAACUUCCUAGUAUAAUGCAAGUCAGCUGGGUACUCGUCCUUUGUCAGAUUUGUUAAACGCAUGCAGAAUAAUAUUUUUUAAAGUAUUCUGAUUGAAGUUUGUGAUAAUUCCAAAAUAAAAACAAGUUGUUAAUGUGCUGAAACUGGAGAACUGGACUUGCGUUACGUUGCAUUUUAAAUUCUUGCUGUUGCUUUAUUCGUACUGAAGUGUAGUGUUUGUGAGGACUUGAUCAAGCUAAAGCUCGUAGGAGUCUUCUUGCUUCCAGCUUCCAUCAGCACUUAAUCCCCGGUUUCCUCCCUACCCCAGAACAUGUUACUAAACUUACAAGGUAAAUAACACUCUGGAGUUGUUCCCUGCCUAGUCCUUGUGAGCUACUUUCACUUGUUUUCUUUCCCACCCCCUUGCCGCGAAAACGGACUCUGCGAUGUGCGAAAGUCGACUCCCGGAGGUCCCAGCUUCCGGUACUGGAAAUACGGAGGAGAUUAGAAUUCUCCAGUGUACUGUGGGGGCCCCUUGAGAAGCUGAGUGAAGCCAUGGGACCUUUCCCCAGAAAAAUGUGUGCACACACUACACAGCUUUUUUUGUAUACACUUUUCAGAGGUUCAUGGGUCCCCGGGAGUUCAAGAUCUACUUGUAUCAUGCAUACUUCGGUUUUUUGUUCUAGAUACAUGGUGCCUAGUACUGUGCUGAGUUGUGUAGUCCCAAUAAGAAUUGGAGUCUUUCUUGAUUGUGCUUUCCAAAUUAAGUAUUGGUGAAUUGACUUCUGCUGUAGCAUUAAGAAGUGACUCUCGUGAAGUAGAAGCAUUAAAAUAAACUGCAUUGGUGCUUUUUCAUUA